AUGACGGGCGAAUUGGACCAGUCGUUUCAUGUCCAUAGCGGACAGAGCCAUUUGAAGUGGUCCAAGGAUAUAAAACCGGUGCUGAGAGUGAAAUCGGGCGAGGUUGUCACUUUCGAUGCCAAUGAUUCGAGUAAUAACCAAAUUCAUAAAGACUCGACUCUCGAAACACUUUAUUUCGAUCUCGCUAUCUGUGAUCCCGUUUAUGGACCAGUUUAUAUUGAAGGAGCUGAGCCUGGUGAUACACUUGAAGUGGAACUGAUGAAAUUAGACCCCGCUGAUUGGGGCUGGACUGCUAUCUUCCCAGAUUUCGGGCUUCUGGCAGAUGAGUUCCCAGAUACCCAAUUGAAAAUCUGGAAAUUUGCUAAAGGAUCAAAGACUGCUGAGUUUAAAAAGGGCAUUGAAGUGCCGAUUCGGCCAUUUCUUGGCGAAGUGGGUGUUGCUCCUCCUGAAGGAGAACACUCGACGAUUCCUCCGCUCGACACUGGCGGUAAUAUCGACUGUCGACAUGUGGUCGAGGGAACUAAACUGUAUCUUCCCGUGAAAGUUGCUGGUGCUCUUUUCAGCUGUGGAGAUGGCCAUGCUGCUCAGGGUGAUGGAGAAGUGUGUGGAACUGCUAUUGAGACACCCAUGACGGCCACCCUGCGGUUCACGGUCCACAAAGACAAGCCCUGGGUGACUUCACCACACUACCUGACGAAACCAAUCACUACCACUGUACCCGACAAAGGUACCUACAGUAUCCUAGGUAUCGAUUCAGACCUCCGUGAAGCGGCCCGAAAGGCCAUUCGCUCCAUGAUCGUGUACCUGACCACGACCCACUCGCUCACCAAGGUCGAGGCAUACAUGCUGUGCUCGGUGGCCGUCGACCUCAAAAUCGCCGAGGCCGUCGACAUGCCCAACUACGCAGUGGCAGCGACACUUCCUCUCAAUAUUUUUACUGAAUAA